GGUCACGCACGAACGAGUCUGAUAAUUAUUCCGAACAGGGUGAACGUGCGUCUUCUCCGGUCAAUGUCACUUAUUAUUUGGUGAAGUGGCGUUCACUCGCUUACGAAGAUGCUACUUGGGAGUUGGCACAGGAUGUUGAUCCUGCCAAAGUAAAGGAGUUCCUAAAAUGGCAGAACCCUCCGAAGCUCACUCCGGUGCCUCGUGAUAGUAAUUAUAAGAUCAUUCGACCCGAUCCUUCCACGUGGAUACCCAUCGAAUCAGAUCAAGUGUACAAAAACAGUAACAAACUCAGGGAUUACCAGUUGGAAGGUGUAAAUUGGCUCACCUAUUGCUGGUUUCAUCACCGUAAUUGUAUCUUGGCUGAUGAAAUGGGCCUAGGGAAAACCGUCCAAUCGGUCACUUUUCUGUUGGAAUUGGCCAAAGCUGGAAUUCAUGGUCCGUUUCUAGUGAUCGUACCGUUAUCCACUGUGACUAAUUGGCAGCGGGAAUUCGAGAACUGGUCCGAUUUCAAUGUUGUCAUCUAUCACGGAAGUAGUACCAGUCGUAACAUGAUUCAGGAAUAUGAAAUCUUCUAUAAACGCCGCCCAUCAGAUUCAGCGGUCCGACAUGAUGUUUACAAGUUCAACGCACUUGUCACUACGUUCGAAGUUCUCAUGACUGAUAUUGAGUUUUUCGGGAAGAUCCACUGGGCAGCAGCUGUGAUCGAUGAGGCUCAUCGACUGAAGAACAAGAAGUGCAAACUGGGCGAAGGUCUUCGUUAUUUGGAUCUUGUAAGUAGUCGAACUGCGAAUGACUUGUGUCUUGCCGGAUCGCUUUGUUAA